GGGCGAGAAUGAGGACAAGCUGGCACGGCACCUCGCGGGCCCCGGGGGCUCUUGACGUUUUCGCGGCGGUCGCUCGCGGGCCGGCGGACGGGUCCGUGGCCAGUCUCGAAUAACUGCUGGUGUGCGCGGUGUGGCUGCCGGGGCUCGCGCGUGGCCCGUGGACUGCAUGAUUCUGUGAGCCGGGCUCGGGGAGCGGCGUGAGGUGGACGGUUCCCACGCUCGGUUUCCACCUGUUGGUCGUCGAUAGAGAAUUCCGUACCGUAAUGUCAACAACUCGCUCGCAGCCGCAGUCGGGGCCCAAUGGGAAUAAGGCGUCGCAAUCGCCGCCGCCUUCCCCGCUGAAGAUGUCUGAGAUAAAACCGGAAUUUAUUGCAAGAUCAGUUCGAAAACAUGCUGGAAGGGCGAAAGAGAGGAUCCUCCAGAACCUCGGCAAGGCUGACCGAACCACAGAUGAGGUGUUCGAUGACUACGUCCACAACUUCGGCCGGCAACAGGGCCAGGCCAACCGGCUCCAGAAGGAGAUGGCCAACUAUGUCCGCUGCGCGAAAGCGAUGCAGGCGGCCAACAAAUCCCUGAUGGACACCAUAUACGACAUGUACGAGCCAGAAUGGUCGGACCGAGACCGACUGGAGCGGCAGGCGCGUGAGCUCGAGCUGCUCUGGGCCGACUACUGUCACAAACUGUCCGACCAGGUGCUCGAGCCGCUCAAUACCUACAGCUCACAGUUCCCAGAAGUGCGGAGGAAAGUUGAGAAGCGCGGCCGGAAGCUGGUCGACUACGACAGCCACCGGCACAACUACGAGGCACUGCAGAAUAACACCAAGAAGCGCGACCAGACCAAGAUCGCCAAGCAGCACGAGGUGCUGGAGGAGGCGCGGCGCACCUUCGAGGUCAUGAACAACGAGCUGUACGACGAGCUGCCGGCACUCUACGACUCGAGGAUACCAUUCUUGGUGUCGAACAUGCAAACGCUGUUCAUGGCAGAGAAUAACUUCCACACGGAGGCGGCCAAGGUAUCGGAGCAUGUACAGUUGGAGCUCGAGUCUGUGAUGGAUGCACUACAGAAGGACUCCAACACGGGCAAGUAUACGACGCGGCGCAACGUUCCCAAGUCGCCCAAAUCGCCGACGGCGCCGACGCCCGCCUCGCCCACCGGUCAGGACGACGUACGCCUGGUGCGGCCCGGCGCCAGCGCGGCCGGCGGCUCCGGCGGCUCGGCGGGGAUCCGGCAGACGCUGACGGCGCUCACCAAGCGGCUCUCUGUGCGGCACCAGGAGCGGCCGCCGACGCGGCCCACUGUGGCGCGCGCCGCCACCUUCCACGUGUCGUCACCGUCGACGCCGCACGAGCCGGGCGCGGCGGACGGCGGGGACGGCGCCGGACCGGACACGAACCCGUUCCGUCAGCCGGCGGCCGGCGCGUCACCGCACCGCCAGCGGCGCCGGCACAACCCCUUCCUGGAGAGUCCGCGGCCGGGCGCGCCCACGCCGCCGCCGCCGCCCAUCCCCUCCUCACCGCCGCCGCCUUACGACAGCGGCGAGCAGAUCCUCGAGGUGUCGCCCGCGCCGCCCCCGCCGCCGCAUGCCGCGCUGACCGAGGCCGCUCGUUCCAGCGAAGGUGACUCGCCCGGCGCCGAGCAGGCGUCGCCCUCUCCGGCGGCCGCGGAGGCGGACCGCUCGCCCGGAGAGGUGGCGGCCAGCGCUCGCUCCUCCGCUGACGGGCCGGCGCUCGGCGCGCAGACCGAGCCGCCGCCCAAGCCGCCGCGCACACCCGAGGCGGGCGAGGAGCCGGCCGAGCGGUCGGCGCCGGUGGCCGAGCCCGAGCCGUCCACGGUAUCAGGAGUGUACCCCUCCCUCCCCAGCGUGCCGGAGACGGACGCCUCGCCGCCGGCCGCCCGCGCUGGAGGCUCGCCAGCGGCUGACGCGGACGGCUCUCUUGACAGGAACAAGUCAAACAGGGAGGACCCGCGACCCUACGAGGAGAUCUCCUAUAAGAAGGAGAACGGCGACUUCAACGGAGACGUGCCGUCCGGUGCGGCGCGCGCCUCUCUCAACGGGGGCGCCAAGGUGCGCCCGGAGGAGCUCUACGACAUUCCCGUCGGGGCCACCACGGAUAACCUGCCCCCAGGAGUGCUGUACCGGGUGAAGGCCGCCUACAAGUACCAGGCCGAGGACGCUGACGAGCUCAGUUUCGAGGUGGCCGAGUGUAUUCAGGUGGUGGAGUAUGACGAUCAGGAGGAACAGGAGGAGGGCUGGCUGAUGGGAGUGAAGGAGUCCACCGGUCAGAAGGGUCUGUUCCCCGCCAACUUCACCCGCCCCAUCUAACGGGGACGCCGCGUGCCACCAGCAGUGCCUCGACUCGCCGCCGCAGUGCCGCGGCGCUAGUGUCGCCCCGCGCCGCCGCGCCGGCAGCGCUGAACGAUAGGUCACAGACGAAACAAUCCGCCGAGCCGCCGCCGCCGGCUCUGUGAGCGAACAGUGUGCAGACAGCUCGCCGCGCCGCGCCCGCCGCGCUCUCCUGACCCGAUCUGACCCGACCUGACCUCUGUCUGACUGAGCGGCUGCUGACGAGGGCCGCCCGUCUUGGGCGUGCCGAGUGUGAUGUGUGUGCGACUGCCUCCCGCGACUAAACGAAAGACAGGCGGGAGACGGUGGCUGCUGCGUCUUCCAAGCCAAACUGACCGCGUAGUCGCCCGUAGCUACGGCUCGGCAGUAGGCGUAGGACCCACUCACAAUCACGCAUGCGGCGCCGCGAGGCCCUAGCGUCGUUACGGGAGCCGCGGAGUUCGGCCCAGCCUUGUUACGAUUUUCGACGAAGGCAGCGAGCCGCUAAUCAGAUGGUCGUACCGCGCCGCGUCGCCCUUUUGCAGGUAACUUUAUAUUAUGUAGCGUAGUGCGUUGAAGCGUGAUCCGCCUUGAAACUAACGUGCUCAACAGGGGAGAGAACGGAAUCCGAGCGUGGACCGGUCGGCUAGUGGCCGCGUCCUGCGUGUGUGUGUAUGUGAGUGCGAGCGUCCCCGCCAUGUCUGUACAUAGGAAGUGUGCAAACCGCUCUGUUGUGGGCCCCGCCGCGCCGCCCCCGCCCGGGCUGCGGCCGACCGCCCCCGCCCCCGUCCCCGCCCCCGCCAGGCGACUGUGAAUGUGACUGCGAAACUGCUGCUAACUUGUUCUGUUGCUGGAUGGAGGAGAUUUAUUUGAUAUCGUGGCGCGCCAGUGGACCCCUGUCAUCCGCGGCUGGUCACCCGCUCGGGGUCCAGCUCCCGUGUCCGGCCAGGGGGGCUGCGGAGCGGGGCGGGGGCGGUCGGCCGCUCGCUGUCGGGCGUGGCGUGUGUGAUCUGGAUUGUUGCUUCUUUUAUACGCUGCGGCGGUGGCGGAGGCCGGCUCGUGGCGGCCCCGUCGCGGCCGGCGUGGAGACCGGGCCCGGCCAAUAAACCAACCUGUGAAUACCG